UAGUACAUCACAUCGAUGAUACAUGCGGUAUAUAUAACACGAAGACAUGUUAAUAAAUGUAAUAUUAAUUGCAAACUGUGUCAAGAGAAUAAAGGAUAUUUUGUGAUAACAUUCAUGAUGCGGGCUCAUGACAACUGCGUUUCCAGUAGACAUUCGUUUAUAUCAAUUUUACUUGGAAUAUUAACAAUAACAGGGAGUCUCAAUGCCGCGGCGUUACCGAAAGACUCAUGUGACAAACAAGACACAUUUUUUAAGGCAAAGCAUACCUACAUGUAUGACUACACAAUAAAGACAGAGAGUGAAUUUGGCGGCGUAUCGAAAUCAAAGUCUGGCUCUCUGAUAUCAUGCAGAGUAACGUUCAAAGUUCCGAGGAAUUGCAAGGUGCUUAUGGAGCUUUCUGGUUGCACAUUGAAAGAAAGAGACAAGGGUGCAUCGCCUGGAGAUAUUGCAGUGUACAAACCAGUCCCUAACUCCCAAGGGUUUCUCGACGAUUUACAGAGGUAUGAGCUGCACUUCCAAGUCAACAAGGGGGUCAUCGUUGCAGAAAGUAUCAUGGCAGAUGACAGAGAGACUUUACAUUCCCUGAACAUCAAAAGAGGGCUUCUAUCUGCCAUACAGUUCCAUAUUCUGGAGUCUCAAGACUACCACAACCCAGUCCAAGAGGUUGACAUAUUUGGUAACUGUCCGACCAACUACACGUUUUCUACCCGUGAAAGGAACACAGUCCACACAUACAAGAACCUGCGCCAGUGUCACAUCCGCCAGAUCUUCAAGACACAAUUCACCUCCCCACUUUCUUUGAUACGAACCAUGCAUGGUGGAUUUUUGGAAGGACCCAUUUCUGAGGGCAUCUAUCCAUUUGUGUCAGAGGUUAACUGUGACUACAGGCUAGGAAACGCCAACCGACUGAAUCGUGUGACCUGUGUACAGAGUCAGUACUUCCAGCCACUGGCUUAUCAGCAUGGUGACCAGGUGUUGUCUGCCAAGGCAACCAUCAGUCAAGAUCUUGUACUGGCGACACCAAGUGAUAAGUUACCCAAAGUAGACGAGUCAACACAGGGACGGUCAGUCAUUGAUAUCCGUUUUGAUUUUGGGUCAGUCGAUACAGAACAUGUCACCAAAUCAGAACUGGUUGCCACAUUUCAAGAGCUUAUGUAUGCAUUUAACAAUGGCGGGUAUACUUACACUGACGUGCCGAUCAAGUUUGAUAGAUUGGUUCAAAAGUUCCGACACUCCUCUGUGGAAGCUAUGCAUGCCAUCAUGCCUGCUAAAGAUGCAGAAAAAGAGAACGCCUUCUACCAAGACGCAUUGUUGAGUUGCGGUAGCGAGGCCUGCCUACGCUGCAUGGUUGCGUGUCUGAAGAUGGGGCAUGUGGAUCCAAUGCAGGAGGGUCUGUUCAUUGGAAGCCUUGUGCAUAUUGGCGACGUGCAAGACGAUAUCCUCAAGUCUAUUUACGAACAUUUAAAGAAAAAAGGUGAUUUCAACACAAUGCUUAUGCUGCCUUUGGGAACAGCACUAAGCCACAAGGUCCAUUCUGAGGAUGCAGUGAUAUCUGCUGACAGCUCUACGGGCCAAGUGAUACAUGAUGCCCUGGAAAUGUACAACACAAACUGUGUGGCGGGCAGUCCUGUGAACACAGAGAGGCAGAUGAAUAUUGCUGUCAAGACGAUAGCCAACAUGGGGGCCGCGUUGAUCAAGCGAUAUACAGACAGCCACUACGGACAGGAUCCUUUUAUUCCGAAAGCCACACAAUGUCUCCUAAGCAAGAACAUACCAGUAUCUGUGAAGAUAUCAUAUGUGAAGCUUAUGGAGUCAUGGGGAACAGAAACCCAAUACACUCCAAUACCCGCUGAGAUACAGAGCACAUUCCUCACUAUUGUCAAUGACCCCACAUUGGAUGUUACCCUCCGUGCCUUGACCUUCAAAGUCCUGGCGGAGACGUACGACUCGGAUUUGAUCAUGAAGUUGAUUGAUACCAUGAAGAAUCAGCAAGAUGUCUUCCAGUUUAAGAGUUAUAUGCUUGCUUUUGUUCGAACACUUCUGGAAAACGAUGAUCUGGGAAUGAAAAGAAUACGAGAAGCUUGGGAGUCCGCUGUAGGAAAAGCUACAGAUGCCUUGAACCUUCCUGUCACAUACGCCAGGCAGAAAACAUCGACAGUAAUCAACCUAUCCCAAUAUUUCAAGCACAUGUUGGCAGACCUUUGGGGCGGUAACCUCUAUGUUGACCUAGUUUAUGACCCCUCCUUUGACCUGUUCUCGAUGCUUCGAGUGUCUCUCAACUAUCACCAUGGCGACCACAAGUACAACAUUGCAGAGCUCUCCAUAAACAUGCAUGGCUUUGAUCUUUUGGCUGAUGUCCUUACACAGAAGUUAUCCAUCUCGGUUGGUGACCUGUUCAACAUGUAUCAGCAAGCUAUGGGUCAAGGUCAGGGUCAGGGUCAAAGCCAUUCAGAAAACUUGUUCAAAUUCCAGCAGAGCAUUGUGAACGCAGUCAAUGAGAUUUUGGACCAAGUAAAUCAUCCAGGAAUGUUCAACUUUGAUUUUGGAGUUGAACUCAAGUUGCAAGGAAAGAAUGUUGUUUUCAUAAGCAUUCAGGAAGUAAUGGUGUUGGCUCGGGCGCUUGGAGCUUCUCUGCCGGCAGGGAGCUCCCUAAUGCAGAUGUAUCUACAGAAAGCCAUGGCAGGCAUGGACCUCAUCAACAAAUUUAAGAAUAUUGAGUUGGUUGGGCUGGAAAAGGUUCUGCCGACGUGUGCAGGUCUCCCAUUGAACAUGACGGUGAAUGUGGGCGGCUUCAACUACAUCCACAUAGACUUGACCUCCAAUGCUCUCAUGUUUAUGGCACAGCAGAGCCCUAACAUAGAGGCCAUCUCAGAACAACAGAUUGUGUUUGCCUCUGAAAUGACGGGUCGUCUAGAAAUUCCAGUAGGUGGCAGUGUGCACAGCUCCGGGAUAGAGAUGACCUUGUUAGCAGGGUCAGAGAGAGGCGGAAAGUUCAAGGUCAAGUAUGGCUAUGAUGAUGUCAUGGUCACCACAGAAAACCCAUCGAAAAAGAGAAUCCAGUUCAGUUUGCAGCCUAUUUUGUUAAGUAAAAGCAAGGACUCGGAGAGGCUAUUGCACUUCAGCGGCAAAAUGUACUUGCUUCAUCAUUCUGGGUCACAAAUACUAUUCAACGACCCGAAUGUUGAAACUACAGACUGGUACUGCAUGCCAGAAGACACCCAAAUGACAAAUAUUAUAGGGCGCUCGUUCUGCGCAAAGUUUACGCAUGCUAAUGUCACUGGUUCAUCACAGCAUGCAUAUUUCCCACUGUCUGGACCAUUCGACUUGUCAGUUAAGAUGACACAACGUGACGGUGUCACCUGGUACGACCAUGUGUGGGAGUACUUCAUAGAGCAGCAGGCAGACGGAGCGCUGGUUGAUAACCUCAGAUACUCGCACCGAGCUGAAGGUUCCAUGAUGAAUAGAUAUUUCUACUGGCAUCUGACCAACAACAGGAAGACUGGCGACCUUAUUGUUGACUCGGAGUGGCCAGAGAUGUCACUCAGUUACCAUGGUGACUGGACGAGUUUGAAAACAGCCAACCUCUAUGACUUCCACUAUACAGACCUGAUUACUUACCUGCAGGAACCCUACUUGGGAUGGGGUUAUAGGAUUUACCACAAGCAUGAUGUCGGCAAUAUGAGGCUCAAAUUUUUCUAUAUUUCCCCGACUUUGUCUGGUCAGUGGCAACUAAACAUCACGGCAACCAAGAGUGAGACUGAGCCUGACAAGGCUGUUGCGGAUGUGGAGUUUAUGGCCUCGUAUCAUUGUUCACAAGACUAUCCCAUGCUGUAUGCCUUCCACCUGAUCCCUGAGUAUGCAAUGGCGCACGGAGACACCAGCGAGGUGCACUUCUCCAUGCACAAGGUCACAGAGGGAAUGCAGCAGACCGCUCAUACCACUGUCAAAUUGUACGACAAAGUGAUAACAGUGGACAGUACGCUAGCCCCUGUUGCACCUGGUCAGUUCAAAGGGCACCAUGACAUCACGUAUGAUUUUGAUGGAAAACAGCGCACCAUGACAUUUUCUGGCCUGUUGACCAUGGUCCCAACUGACCACCACCUUUUGAUGACCACCACUAUGGACAUGAAGGGUGAAGGAUUCACGAUGCACAUUAACCAAUCCUUUCAGCACGUCUACCAACAGUCAAUAACAGUGGAUGCUGAUAUCGAUUUUAAAAAUUCGGAGGCAAGUAGUGGGCGUCUGAAAAGGUCGUUGUCAAGCAUCUAUGAGAAGUUUAAGAAGUUGGAAGGAGUGAUUGUUUCUGAAGUUAAUCACCUUGGGGCGGCCAUACUAGGUCAUGAUAACCCAGCAGAGGUCAUGUUACCACAGCAACCAGUUGCCCGGCCUCAGCCACAGUUCCCUCAGAUACCUGCCAUACCCAGCGUGUGGGAGCUGCCAUCUUGGAAUUCCAAAGUGAACUUUGCUGUGAGGAUUCAGCCCAAAUUUGCGGAUGGUGCCAUUCCUGGUCAAAGUCCACCUGAAGCCAUGGAUAUUGUUGUGGAUCUCACGCAUAAGCAUCCCUGGAAUGCGGGAUAUCGUGACAACGUUGUUCAUGCUGUGUUUGGUCGAAAUUUGAAUGCAUUACGAUUUUAUGUGAACAGUGAGGCCACUCUUACUGACACAGAGUUGGAUGGGUCACCUAGAUACACUCGCGAUGGAUCCCUGGACACAUUCCGUUACCAUGGAAACAUGAACAUUCAACAGCUUCAGCCUGGGACACUAAACUAUGAACUUGAUAUAAAACAUACAGAUGGUGAACUGCACUAUGUUCUGGAUGUAGAUCAAAAUCAAGGGGCAUUUUACGUCAAGGCCCAUGAGAUCAAUCAUCUUGUGCCAUUCUUCACCUUCAUGUUUGAAGAUACCGUCAGUUAUGACGAGACAUUAGCAAUGAGAAACUCCCUCAGUUUCCAGCACAGGAUGCUCAACGUUACCAUGGGCUCACACAUACGUCUUGGCACAUGGGACUUGUCUAACAAUGGCUCCAUCUCAUAUCAGUUGUUGGAUAACGGGGGCUCGUUCUCAUUCAACCAAGUCGUACAACCAAUCCCUGAUGCUCCGCCAUUUGUGCCACCCCAGGUGGUGCUUCACAUCACCCCUGCUUCACAGCCCAUUACCAUUGUGUUCACGCUCCUUAUGACUGGACCACACUCCUCCCGAGUUGGGUAUUCAGUACGAACGCCCAAUGGGAACGUGGUGCCCCUGUGGGCAGUGGAUUACGUGUUGUCAGGUUCCAGUCUGGUGUUUGCAAAUGUUCACUGGGAACCAGAGUUUCACGACAAGGCUGUGCAAAUAUUCUACAACCUUCCUGAGCAGUACUCAGGGUUUGUGGACGGUGUUGCUGCGCAUGUGCAGAGUCAGAUUGCCCUUCCCUUGAUGGACAAAACCCUGCCGUUCAUUCCCUUGAGCCCUAAUCAGGCCAUCCAGUCUGUGCUGGGUCCAUACAUGUUCAACAGCCUGGUCCAGUGGACAAUGAUAUCCCAGAACCUGAUACCAAACACCAACAGACCCGCACCUGGUCCAGGCCCCAAUAUUGUGCCAAGACUGGCCUUGUUCUAUCAACUGAUGGCAAAGAAGUCUGGUGAAAUACCCCAGGCAGGAUUCGUUGUGCGGGUAGGGGAGACGAUCCAUGCUACAGCCCUGAAGCUAUUCAGUAAAGGCUACAGAAUGUGGGCACACCGUUUCCAGCAUUCACCGCAAGUGGACACUAUGAUUGAGGGCAGGAACUACUCUACUGCCAUCAGCAUGCCCUUUGUUAAUCUAAGAAACUUUAAAAUGAAGACUUCUACAACGCAUGCCAUUUUGGCUCUUAACAGUGAUGUUCCUGUUGAUGUAGAUGCUGUAGUGAUGGAAAAUUCUGACAGAACUGUGACCAUAAAAAGUUUCGAUGGAAAAUUUUACAACCUUAAUGUAAGCCAAUCAUCUGAGUGCAGCUAUCUGCUGGCUGCUGAUUUUCGAUGGCGACUUGCCUCCCUUGUUUUGAGCCCUGCAGGGUUGACCUUAAUGACCCUAGGAAAAUCUGUUACAAUUGGUCGGAAUACUGUUCAUCUUGACAAUUGCAAAACACAGUUACAAGACAAUUAUGGGAAUUCAACACUUACAGUCAAACUUGGUGAACGUGUUAUAGCCAGGACAGUUUUUGGGCUAGAAGUCGAAUGUGAUCGAUCACAAAAGCUAUUGUGCUAUAUUACACAUAAGGGAGGCCGCAAUUCAACUAUAGGUCUCCUUGGUAACCAUGACCUUGACAUCUUCUCUGAUGCACGUCUUCUAGAUGGACAUGUAAGCCUUGACGACCAGGCUGUACUAGCAGAGUAUUCUGUGGGAGGACCAGCAUGCUGCAUGUCACACCAAGAGCCAUCCUGUGAUCUACAGACAAGUGACGAGAGCAGGAGCUGUAAGGACCUAGCCCACUCAAAUUGUAAAAUGUCCUUGCCGUUGGAUGAGAGUGUAGAUGAUAGCUGUAAACAAGAGACAAUGUCACAGUUAUGUCUUAAUGAGGCAAGCAAGUGUGGCAAGGAUGAAGACGAGGACGAAAACAAUAAUUUCUGCAGACUGGCAAUGGCUACUAUCGGCUUGUGCAGGAGAAUGAAUAGGCUCAACACUAAUGUCACACUGUCAGAUGCAUGUCGGGUGAGUGACCCCCCUUCAGUUCUGACAUUACAUAUUGGUUCCCUGGAUGUGGUGUUUGUUGUGUCCCAGCACAACAGUAUGACUGUAGAUGGGGAACCAGACACUCCGGCUGAGUUCCUGUCUAGCCUGCUGUCAAAAGAGGAGACUGGUUGGGACCGUUUUGAUCAUGUUCGUGUGGGUGUUAUAGCAUUUGGCGGGAAAAAUGAUGAAUAUCAGCCCAGGGUGGUUGACCUUGAUGAUGAUAUGGACAACCGGUACUUCAUGGAUCGAGAUAGCCUUGACCUUGAUGAAAUGGAUGACCUUAAAGCAGACGGCAAGGAGGGGUCACAUGGGUUCUCUGCCCUUGAACUGGCCACUGAGUUCCCUUUCAGUCCUUUGGCACACAAAAUGGUCGUUCUUCUCAUGACCAAGGAACAGAGUAAAGGUGAUGCCCCUGAUCUUGACAGACUUAAGACGCGUCUAAAUGACAGAGGCAUCGUGUUGCAUGUCAUGUCUACGUACGCCAAGGUUGCCAGUAAACGCGUUAUCGGCAUCGACUGGCAGGGGCAGACCAUCACCCUUCGUAAGGAACACCAGGAGGCCAAAGAGUUACCCAAGAAUGACUACAGUACCCUUAUUGAGAACACAAAAGGGGCCCUGUGGGACCUGAAAGCCCUGAAAAAGGACCGGACCAGAAAGAUAGGCCGAAUCAUUGACGAGUUUGUAGCACAGGCUGAAGCUUCUAACGUCCUCAGCUGCCCUGCAAACUAGUGACGUGCCAAUGUAGUGAAAAUUCUUACAUAAAUUGUUAUGAAUAAAGUAGUUUGAUUUAUUAAUAAUUAAUUGAUGGUCAUUAUUUAUUAGGCCUUUUUUGUAUUUGUUAACAACAAUGUGUAAAGCACUCCUCUAAUUUUAUAUGUCCUUGUAUUAUAUACAUAUGAAGUGUAAUGUUAAUUAAUAACUUUGACUAACCCUCAAACAGACUUCUUUGAAACUUUUUAAUGAUACCAUUAUGUUUGGUGUUUAUGGUUGCAACAUUUACUUGUAUGCUUAAUUGGGUGUACAUGUGCAGUGUUUGUUAAAUAUGAACUAAUUAUAUAUGAAAACUAAAGUAAAUAAUUAUGAUGCCAGAAUAGUGCGACUUUUAACAAGAAAAGGAAGGAAACUAAAAUCAAGAGAAAUUGAAUGCAAGAAAUUUUCAAACAAAAGCACAUUUUUGUAUGAAAGUAAAAUUCCAAAGUUAUCUUUAAACAAGAUUAUAAUACUAGUGCUCCAUACUUUUUUACACAAUGCAAGAUAUUUAGCUAUAUUAAAAAGCAAUUAACAAAAACGUGAUAUAUGCAUACAGUAAACUUGUCAAUUACCGGUUAUCCUCAUUGAGCUGCUCGUGCACAUUAUUGUUAGUGAUUUGUAGCCUGAAAUAGUAGGUGACAAUAGUCAUCAAAAGUGCUCUACACAAGACUGUUGGUGUACAUGCCGACAUCCUGAAAACUGGCAAUGCUAUUGCUGUAAAGAUAUGGAAUUCUUAAUUAGUGUGCGAAGACGUUUUUUCCACAGUUACCUGAUAGUUUUUUAUAUUUGUUUGUAGCGGCUUGUGACCAAAUAUAAGCUUAAUGCAAAAUAAUGUUGAAUUUAGAACAAACAAUUUUGAUAACUAAUAAUUGGUUGUUGUACAAAAUGUCUAUUUCAAUUUUCAUUGUGUUAUUUGCUUUCCACAUUACAAAUUUUAAUGCAUUUGUUAACAAAUAAAUUAUGUAGAAAUGAAGGAUUAUCCUACUGCUAUCAGUUUUGCGAAUGUAUUGUUUUUACAAGUAUACAUAAUGCUUUUUUACAAGAGUAUUUAAAAUGUAUUUUAAAGGAACCAUGAUACACGUGUGUGUUCAAACUAAUUUCAAAAUUAUAAAAUUUCUAUUGACCAUGUGUAUUGUCUCAAUGUGCAAUAAUUUUUAUGUAGCCAUAUUUAUGUGCAAUAAAGAACAUUUUGAAGAAACAAAAA